AUGACCUUGCCUCCAAUACCAUCUGGACUUCAUUACAUGAUUUUUUGCAAUGAUAGCCAUUUUGUAAAAAUCCAUACUCGAAAACCUUGGAAAAAUAAGGAGAUUCGAGAGAGAGGCUUUGGUGGUUGGAACCUUAAUACAGAUAAUAAUAGCUUUUACUUAGACCUAUACAAGGCCUAUUGUGAAGAAUUUAAUAUGUUUGCUGCCUUAAAUACAUACAAGGUUGCAUUUUUUGACUAUAUUAGUUAUGUUGUUAUAGAAGAUAAUAAUGAUUUUUUAGAACAUAAUAGAGUUAAUUCUCAGAUUAAAGUUCGAAUAGGUGAUAUAGUUAACUUAAAAGAAAUCAGCGAUCCUGAUAAUAACUCAUUUGCUUUA